AGUAAUCCGUUGUGUAAGGAUGACAGGUGAGGAAGAGACGGUUCAACCGGUUAGUUUUCAGUCCGCCACAACACCGACAGCUAUGGACGUACUGUAUCGGCACCGUGUGUUCAGAGUCAGCUGGGAUAACGCCUGCUCUCAAUAACCACAGAGAGAGAGCGGGAGAGAGGGGAGUAAACUGCUCAAAGGAUCAGUGUCACGUCUGUUUGGGAUGGAGAAUUGUGAAGCGUCUGACUGGACACUGAAUUCAGAUCUGAGCACGGAGACACGUCCGUACUGCUGCUCAGCCUGUGAUGGCAGUGAGAAAGUGUUGCGCUGCAGAACUAAAGCCAGGAGUCUGUCUUCAUCCUCGGACCACAGCUCUGCUAAAUUCAGGAGAACACAGUCUCUUCAUGGACCCAGUCCUGUCACCACAUUUGGACCCAAAGCCUGCAUGCUGAGGAACCCUAAAGCGGUCAUGUAUAUUCAAGAUCCAGCCAGUCAGAGAUUGACAUGGAGUAAGCCACCCAAAAGUGUCCUUGUUAUCAAGAAAAUCAGAGACGCCAGUCUGCUGCAGCCUUUCAAAGAGCUCUGCAUUUUCCUGACACAGAAAAGUAUGAUUGUUUACGUGGAGUGGAAAGUCAUGGAGGAUCCAGCCAUUGCCAAUGACGAAAGCUUCACUUCCAUCACAAAAAACUUUUGCACUUUUAGAGAAGAUUAUGAUGAUAUAUCCAAUCAUGUAGACUUUAUCAUUUGCUUGGGAGGAGAUGGGACGUUACUAUAUGCUUCUUCUCUUUUCCAGGAGAGUGUUCCUCCUGUCAUGGCCUUUCAUCUGGGCUCUCUGGGGUUUCUCACACCCUUUGACUUCAACACAUAUCAGUCUCAGGUCACACAGGUUAUUGAAGGUAAUGCUGCGAUCGUGCUGCGCACUCGUCUGAAGGUGAAGGUGGUGAAAGAGUGCAGAGAGAAGAAUGGAGCGCUGGAUGAAAAGAGUCUGAUCAUCACUAAAGCAGACACCGAGCCCACUCGCAGAACUAAGCAAUAUCAAGUGCUGAAUGAAGUGGUGGUGGACAGAGGUCCGUCCUCAUACCUGUCUAAUGUUGACCUGUUUCUGGAUGGUCAUCUCAUCACUACUGUACAAGGGGAUGGUGUGAUCGUGUCCACGCCCACAGGAAGUACAGCAUACGCUGUGGCGGCCGGUGCGUCUAUGAUCCAUCCCAACGUUCCAGCCACCAUGAUCACACCCAUCUGCCCGCACUCGUUGUCCUUCAGACCCAUCAUAGUGCCUGCUGGUGUCGAGCUGAAGAUUAUGCUGUGCCGUGACGCCAGAAAUACGGCCUGGGUGUCUCUCGAUGGCAGAAACCGUCAGGAGAUAUCACACGGGGACAGUAUCACCAUCACUACAUCCUGUUUCCCUGUUCCCUCGAUCUGUUUCCGUGAUCCGAUGAAUGACUGGUUUGAGAGUCUGGCUGAAUGUUUGCAUUGGAAUGUCCGUAAGAAACAAAGUCACCUGAGUUAUGAAGAGGAGGACUGACAUUCAACAUUCAACAAACUUCAUGUCCUGUUCUUUUUUAAGAUUUGUAUUUCUGUGUUUGUCAUAGUCGUUCUGGACCUGUAUUGGGUAAAUGUCAUGAAAACACGUCACACGCUCCUGGUCGUAUUUUACCUUGAUAAAGCUGUUAUGGCACAUGUUAGACGAGGUCUCGUUGCUUAUUUGAUCUGUUUUUAACAACUACAGACGAGACAGCGUGUGGACAGAAGAGAGAGAUUGAAUGAUAACCAGCAUGCGUCUCAUCUGUCAUCAGUGUUGGGUAUUGAUGGAGUACAGUGGUGUAAUCUCUUUCUCUCUAGGUCUCCUUUUUCUCAUCAAUCUCAAGGGCUAUAAUCAUUGACAUUUUUGUAUUACUGUACUAGAUCAACGCUGUAAAAUAGUGUUACUUUAAAUUGCAUAUAUUAAAGGCAGUAUUGCAAAGGCGAUCUAGGAUGUAUAAAAACUUUGCAUUACAGUAAUGCCUCUUCAGUGGGGUGAAUUGGGAGAUUUCACAGUAUGGGAAGAAUUGGCGAAUGUGUAUAAACUUACAGUAUAUUGAUGGUCUUAAAACAAGCUACAUUUUUAUGCAAAGGAAAAUGUAUUCUCUUGUGUAUAUUUGUUUCUUUGAGAUGAUAGGGCGAAGUAUGACCUGGAUGUGUUCUUGACAGGUUUUGUGACAUUUACUUUAUAACUCCAUAUGAAUUCCUUCCAUUAGAACUGUGUGUAUGUCAGGUUUUGGCUGGCGGGAUCAUUUAAAGGAAUACAGCAAUAAGUGAAUUUUGUGCCUUAUGUCAUGUAGAGCAUCAACAUCUUGUCAUUCAGGGAGAAUAUUCUCUUAUGCUGUGUUUAUUUACAGCGCACUUCAAACGUACGAGUGUUGUACAUAUAGAAAUGUAAACUUGAAUAUUCAUGGACUUUGUUUAAACCACUGUAUUCUUAAGCAGCCUGUUUAACAGUAAAUUACUGUACGAUCUGUCCAUUCCAGGUUUGAAAGAAUUGUCUUUUUUAUUGUAUAGACAAAAAAGGUUUCAGUGUAUUUUUGUUUACUUGUGCUUUGUAAUCAUCGGUAAUAAUAAUUACAUCCCAGUUUUUAAAACAACAUUGUCCAGGUGCACUUACUUCUUUGGUAAGAAUGAUGCUAAAAUAAUCGUGAAGAUUUUAGGCACAGAACAUCAGAGGAACGGACAUCAGUUAAAGUCGCAUGUGCAUGUGUCAGCUGUGAAAGAGCUCUUUCGAUAUAUGCGCUUUCAAAGCAACAUGUAUUAUUUAACAGAUGUGCUGAUCACAGGUGCGUCAAACACUGUUCGUUUACCUCAUGUGUUCAGGAAAACAAUAACAAAAAUAAAUACACCUGGUUACCGCUAAGAACACGAGAGAAAAAUCGAACGUUGCUUAACAGAGACGUUUGGCACGUGGGGUUCUUACCAACGCUCUUCACGUUUUGAAAAAAAUAUCUUAAAUGAUGAAGAAAGACAAAGUAUUUAAUGUCAUGGGUAAAUAUUUACUAAGUAGUCAACUAUUUUGUUUUAUUUUUACUCAGAGAUUGAUAUUGGAAUAUGAAUGUAAUCUCAAUCUUUACUUUAGCAAUCACUGUCUGUGGCAUUACGUAGUGACAGCACUCUUUGGUUUUUGCCUGUAACUCAAGGAGGAUUACAGAACUCUUUUCUUUUAAGAUGUCAUCAUUUACAUGAUGUUUCUUAAUAAACUUGUCUUUUGGUG